CCACGCGGCGGAAAGUUCGGCGGCGAGCGAGGAUCCUUUUCGCAGCCAGCCGAGCCCUCGGAAUGCUGCCCACUGUGUUAUUGGACAUUGUUGCUAGCUUCAAGUAGUCAUGUAGUGCUCUUCUAUCAUUGAGAUAUGAGAAGCAAUUUACCAUUUCCUUGUGACUACGUAAUUUGAGGGCUCUGGAGGUAGCCCCGAGUGCGCAAGCGCAGGGAAGAAAACUGGAGGGUGGAAGCCGGGACUGUCUUUUGACAGCGAUUCCGGGGCGGGGACGUCGGAAAGAUUCCGAAUCGAGUCCCGGCACUGCAGUGACAGCGAUGGCAAUUUUUAGUGUGUAUGUGGUGAACAAAGCUGGCGGCCUGAUUUAUCAGCACGACAGCUACUCGCCGCGGGCUGAGGCUGAGAAAACUUUCAGUUACCCGUUGGAUCUGCUGCUCAAACUACACGACGAGCGUGUGCUGGUUGCCUUUGGCCAGCGCGAUGGCAUCCGGGUGGGCCAUGCAGUGCUGGCCAUCAAUGGCGUAGACGUGAACGGCAAGCACUUGCCCGAUGGGAAAGACGUGCUGGAGUAUCUGAGUAAUCCUGCUAAUUACCCUGUGUCCAUUCGCUUUGGCCGGCCUCGCCUCACCUCCAAUGAGAAGCUCAUGCUGGCCUCCAUGUUCCACUCGCUCUUUGCCAUUGGCUCUCAGCUGUCCCCCGAACAGGGCAGCUCAGGCAUUGAGAUGCUGGAGACAGACACAUUCAAACUGCACUGCUUCCAGACACUGACAGGGAUCAAGUUUGUGGUGUUGGCAGAUCCUAGGCAAGCUGGAAUCGAUUCUCUUCUCCGAAAAAUUUAUGAGAUUUACUCAGAUUUUGCCCUAAAGAAUCCAUUCUACUCUCUGGAAAUGCCCAUCAGGUGUGAGCUGUUUGACCAGAACCUGAAGCUAGCUCUGGAAGUAGCAGAAAAGGCCGGGACUUUUGGACCAGGAUCAUAAGCUAAACCUGCUUUGGACUUACAAAUUCAGAGAAGUCUUGUAGCAAGGGUUCCACUGUUUCCACUCUCAACAGGGCAUCCAGCAGCCUUGCUAGUGUACUUGAAAACGGAGACUAUCUAGCCUGAUGACACACGUUGAUCCCUGAGCCUUAACUCUGUGCUCUCUUCCCUUUUGUAUACAUCGUGGUCCUUCUUCCUAACUCUGUACAGAUUUAUUCAUGGAGGAGGUAGGCUCGUAAGUGCUGUAAUAAACAUUUCUUUGAUCCAACAUUUCCUGUCAUAACUGAUGGUUUUGAGGAAAGGCAUGGGAAAGAAAAACAAAUGGUAUGGGAAUUCUGAGAAGCUGAGAUAGUGUUCUAGUAGAAAACAAAGCAAGUAUGUUCACUGAGUAUGUAUUGAAUGUAAUACUUGAAUCGGGUGUCCUGGAUGUCGUCCUUGAUCUGCUGCUUUCCUGGCUUGAGGUGGCAGUGGUGAUGGAGAUGGAACAUUUGCCCAGCACUUAGAGCUAGGCCUUCUUGCUUUAUCUCACUCCAUCUCCACCCCGCCAGGGUGUAUGUUCUCUUACAGGAGUUAGCAAGUACAAACUAUGCCUCAGUCUCCAGGCUCGUUACCAACAGCCUGAAUUUGCACCCACACUUUCUGACCAUACUACCAUCAAAGUGCUGUUGUACUACCUCCAGCCAAGUUAUUUAACCUGCCUGCGUUCCAAUAGCUUUGUCUCUGUAUACUGAUCACUGAAGUACAAUAUUCAGCUAAAGACAGGGGAGGUAUACAGCCUGGGAUAUAGCUUGGCAGUGCUUGGCCUGCCUGGCUAGUGCAAGGUCCUGGGUUCAAUUUGCAGUAUUGUAAAAACAAAAGGGGCUGGGAUGCUCAGUGCAAAGGCCCUAGGUUCAAUCCCCAAUACAAAAAAAAAAAAAAACAGGAGAGGCAUGAGUGUAAAGGCUCCAUUCCACACUUUGCAUUCCAGGGAAAAGUUCAGGUGUUAAGAUAAUUUUUUUCCCCUUUGGUACCAGUAAUCACUCAGGGGCUUGAGCUUGCCAGGCAAGCAUUGUGCCACUGAACUAUAUCCCUGGCCAACAAGAUAAUUUCUCAGGGAAAGCUUUCGCUGGCUUAUUUUACGCCUUUUGAAAGAAUGAGUCACUCACUGACUGCUUUAUAUCAAAUCUAGUUUUAAUUUUCUAUAACAAGUCAUCUUGCCCUCCUAAUAGUUCUUUACUGUACUCAGGAUGUUGGUGAGAGUAGUAGCCUCCUCUCUUACCCUGAAGAUUCAGGUAUUA